GCACAGCUGGCGCGCACGCGUGCGAUGGCGAGCCUCUGAUCCGCGAGACCCGGCCCGCCGCGAAUGGAGCCCUGCUGUGCCAUCUCCGACCUUGUGGGCGACCAGGUACGGCUCGCCAUGUGCUGUGAUCCAACUAGUGCCCAAUUUACUAGUGCCAUUUCACUGUGUUGAGUGCCUAAGGAUUUUGGUGCUGAAUGGUGCCAGUCCAGAGAAGCGAUGCGGUUGGUUUGUUAAGUUUGCGAUCGAACUUUACACUAUUAGAUUGUGCCGGGAGGCGGCCACUGGGGAGCGUCACCCAGCGGCGCUUUUGUCGACUCGUGGUUUCAGAUGCAGACAUCGGAGUUAGAGACGCUGCUGUGCAAGCAGGAGGGCGCCGCGCUGGCGCCCGCGCACAUGGACCUUUUCGACGGCGGUACCACCUCCCGCGACGAUGCCUUCCUCCGGCCGGCGCCGGCCCUGUGGGAGGACAUCGCCUCGUCCAUCAGGAACAUCGACCCGGAGAACGCGAACAUGCUCGCGUCGUUGGGCACCACGCAUGUUAAACUGGAAGCGGACGAUCCUCUGCUGGAAGAGUGUGCGACACCGCUACUCAGUCCGUUGGAAAUCAAGACGGAGAGAUUGUGCGCGCCGCCGACGUAUGCGCACCCUCAGCCGCCGCCGCACCAGCCCCAGCAACCGCCGCCGCCCUCCUUCGCUAAGUACGCACCUUCGAGGCUCGUCUACAUGUCUCCGCUGACGCCGCCUGGCUCUGAUCAAGGAAGUCCUGGAAAUUCUAUGCAGGCUGGCCCGCGCCGGACGCCGCCGCCGCCGUACCACCCGCCGCCGUUGCUCAGAGCACCACACAUCCCACCGCACCCCGGGCCCCAUGCUCACCACCACACACAGUCCAUGCAACCUCUACACAUGGGCCAGCCGCCGCCGGCGCAGGCGCAGGGUCCACAGCACCUCACCCCCGCCCCGCACUCGCGGCUGGCCUCACCCCCGCAGGGGAAAUACAAUCGACGGAACAACCCAGAACUUGAGAAGAGAAGGGUGCACCACUGCGAUUUUAUAGGGUGUACGAAAGUUUACACAAAAAGUUCACAUCUCAAGGCGCAUCAGAGAAUACAUACAGGCGAGAAACCUUACACAUGUCAGUGGCCCGAGUGCGAGUGGCGGUUCGCCCGCUCGGACGAGCUGACUCGCCACUACCGCAAGCACACGGGCGCCAAGCCGUUCAAGUGCGCGGUGUGCGAGCGCUCGUUCGCCAGGUCGGACCACCUCGCGCUGCAUAUGAAGCGGCAUUUGCCCAAGACGUCCAAAUGACACGCGAGACGGGGUGGCGAGCAGCCGCCCGCGUCGCAGUCCACUCAGGAAGAAUGCAGUGAAAGCAUCUUCAUGGAGUGUGAUCUGGACACAAACCUAAUGGACACUUUUUACGGUGCGCUGUGACCGGCAAGCCACGUGCCUCUAACAGGGAACCUGUCGCGGCUGUCUGCGUCCUUACAAGCAAGCGAACAGACAAACAAACACGUUCGCCGAUUGUAUAGUUAAGUUAUUUACCUUUGAAUCUAAUCGAAUAAGUACUUUUAUUGACCUACAGACAAUUUAUUCAGUCUGUAUUGUUAAAUUUCCAAAAAUCCAUGUGUUAAUUCUACUUAAAAAUGAGAUACAAAAUUAUGUUAAGCUUUGUAAAUAAUAUACAUUUGACAUGCUCUCGGACUAUUUCGUAUUUAUAAACGUAUUUAAUUAAGUAUUUUGGUAGAAAACGUGCGUGAACACAAGCACUAAUCUGCAGUAAUUAUAGUAAUGAGAUUUCUUAUUAAAAAAAUAUAUUAUGUACAAUAUUGAACAGCAUUACCAAGAAAAUUGCUUUAUACAUUACCUUAAAUUGCUAGAACCGAACGUCGUCUACUCUUAUUAUGUAAUCCAAACUAUCUUAUUUAUAUUGGAUAAUAUUAAUUUUUUAUGUAUAUUGAAUCACAAAUAUAAGUAUGAUGAGAAGUUUGCUGCACCGUGCUAUUUAAAUUUAGACGUAUAUAUUGUGCACACAUACAUAUCAACAUGAAGGAGUGCAUAUAUAAACGAUAAAAAAUCAGUCCUAUAUUAUUGAUGAAGAACAAAGACAUUGAUAAAGAUGAAGAAUGACAUUUAGUUAGUUAGGAUCAAGUUUUAAUAAAAGGCGUUCUUAAGCUAUAGGAUCAAAAUAAAACCGUCGAUCCGUAUUUGAGUCCUAGAAAUUGUACCGUAUGUCUGUUGUACUCGUAUUUAUAAAGUGAAUAGCAAACUUGCGCAGAACUGUGAACCCGUCAGAAAAAUACUCUCGCUGAAAAUCAAACACUCAUAAAUUCCUUUUAAUGUUUACUUUUUGUAAACAUUAUAAUUUUGUGGGGUAGUGAGAACGAUUCGGCGUACAGUACAUAUAAUUGCAUGAUUAUUUUUGUUUGUUUCUGUUAUGCUUUUCUUUGCUGUUAAGUAACAAAAAACUUCUAAAAUAUAUUUAAAAAUACAAAUCUUGUAAUUGUUUACACAUUGUUACAUUAAAAAAUACCUACUUAAAUAAAACUUAGUAACGUCAACACAUAUCGGUCAUAUGUUUUUGUUCAUUUAUUUUUCUUUAAUAAGCGACACUUAGAAAUUGCUCACAUUAAUUAGUAACGGUGUCAGCAGAAAGCUCUCGUAAGCUGUAAGUAUUUUAAAAUAUGAUGUUAAUUUAUUGUAAGUUAUAAGGUAUGAGAGCAAGGAAUAUCCAAGAUAUAAGUUAUACAUAAAUAAUGAGUAAUGAUUAUAAUAUAUUAGUCGAUAGAUAUUAGUCUAGGAAUUGUGUGCGGAUGUUACGACUCUGCUGCUCUAAAUUAAUUUUUUAAUAUUAUGUGCACAUCUUUUUGCAAAAUAGAAUUGAUAACAUAAAAAAAAUAUUUAUAAGUAGAAGACCUGCAGGUCGUUUUGUCCGCAAACGCAAAAUAUACACUUUCUAGUCUCGAUAUACUACAGUUGUUGUAAUUCCGAAAUAACGCAUAUAAGCUUAGCUGAUCUUUGUAUUUUCACUAUAUCGAAAUUGCUUGAUAUAUGAUGCAAAUGUAUUCAAUGUGCAUUAACUAUUGUAGAAUAUAUAAUAAGUUUAAAAAUAAUGAACUCUUUCAAGAAGAUUUAGGAUUACUAAAUGCGAUUCAGCCUUAUUGCCUCCGUCCAGCGAAACUAAUAUGGCUCCACCAUAGUGCCUUGCGAGAAGUUGUUAAUUAUAGCGUAAUAAAUAUCAUACAAGCUUGCCAUUAUCGCCUACGUACCAAUACACACUUUUAUAAUCAUAAAACAAUUUAACUUGGUUUCCAGGUGAGACAGCAAUGUGAUCAUGCUUUAUAUUAUAUAAAUAUUAUUAAUCGUCAUUGAUCAUAAGAACGUAUUGCCAUCAUGAAUAGUCACUAGAGUUGUGUCGCCUACUGUAAGUUAUCUGCUCUUGCUAUGUAAAAGUACACUUAAAGUUUUCUACACAUCAGUAGAACGACUCAGUAAACAGUAAUUUUUCUUAACCUUGAAUUUCCUUGUCAACAAAAGUAAUUUUAAAAUAAAUAAUUAAAGAGAAAAAUUCUAAAACAAGGUUUCACCGUCUUUUCACAUGUAAUUUUAACUACAAAAUUGUUUUUCGUAAUUAAGAAAAUCUGUGAAAAUAUUUUAGGGCUUAGGUACUCAGAGUGUACUUAAUAUAUUAUGUAUGCAAACAGUAUUUCGCCAUUAAUUUCUCCUUAAUUACACUUUAGGCCACUUCAAUAAUUUAUUUGUGUGUUAACAAAUUUUUUUUAACUUGAAUAUUUUAAGUAUACUAUCAUACUUGCAAAUACACAAGCGUCAAAACAUCUUUGCAUAUAUCUUAGUAGAUUCGUUUAGUGUAUUCAGUCUUGCCACUCUCUCUUGCAUUUAAUAUUUUGAAAUACUUAUCUACGUACUUAAAUAAUUAUAAUUGAAGAAGAUAUGAGUUUAAGCCAAAAUGUUUAUGUGCUAGAUUUCUUAUAUUUUAUUAGGAACGAGUGAAUGCUGGUACAUCCUCUUACACAAAAAAGUAAAAAAAAAACUAUUUAUAUACAUAUAUAAUCAUUCCUAAUCACAAAAAUCAUGAUAAAGGAUGAUUAUCAAUCGUAUAUUCUCCAUUUAGUUGGACAUCAUUCCAAAUAAUUAAUCAUACCUUCUAAUAAAGUCGAGUCAAGAAGCAAGUUCAUGUGUCACCACAAAUAGGUAUAUAGGUAUUGUUAAAAUACGUUUAGAUAAAGUUCAAGAAAUUUACUUUUACUUUCACACACUUAGAAUUACUCUUACAAUUUUGAACAAAGGUAUUAUAAACUUGACACUGCUCAACUUCGCUCAGGCUUUGAAGAUACAUUUUCUGCGCUCUCUUAACAUUUUGACGUCUUUACAGUGAAGACCAUAGAAACCAGAAAAAUAUUUAUAAAUUAGGAUUUCUAUGGCUUUAGGUAUGGUCAGUGAUGCAACACAAGGGGAUGUGCCGAACGAUAAAGGUUCGUAAAACUGAAUAAUUGCCAUAACGUGUCUGUAGAUGCCAUAUUUUUAUUUAAUUAGUUUUACGAAAUGGCCGUAGUAAUAAGCGCCUUUGUAUUAAAACGAGUAUACGGUCCGCGUUUGCUGCUGUGAAACUGCUUUAUACCUUCAUUUACCAGUCGUAAUCUUGAUACGACUUUUUGUUGAAAAUACCUUUGUAAAUUAUUUAUAGCCAUGAAGAAAAAUAAUGAACACACAUGUGUUCAUUAUUUUUCUUCUUUUAUUCAUUACAUAUGUUCGUAUGUUGCAUAUGAACAUAAUUAUGUAACGAAUUACUUUUGUACAUACAUACAUAAAAUCACGCCUCUUUCCCGGAGGGGUAGGCAGAGACUACCUCUUUCCACUUGCCACGAUCUCUGCAUAUUUCCUUUGCUUCAUCCACAUUCAUAACUCUCUUCAUGCAAGCUCGGCGGUUUCGGGUACUUUUGACCUGACCCUUUUUACUUUUUACCUUUUUUAAUAACUUUUGUUCAUACCCUUAAAUAUAAAAGAAAGUUAUUUUUACUGUAAAAGACAUUUCAACCUUUAUUUUACAUCUAAACAAAUAAGAGUUACCGCGUAAGUAAGCCGAGGCGCGCUAGUAUAAUGUGGGAUCUUCUAAUUGUAACAUUUUAUACAAAAUGUAUAAGAUUUAAUAUUAACGCAUUAAAAUCAAUUAUAAUUUCAAUAUUCGUAUCCAAUAUAAUUAACUAAUUAAUAAUGACCAAUCUGAGUUCAUCUGUAAUGGGCUUUGAAACUACAAAAUUGAGAUAAAAUUGUGUACUAUUGAAUUUUGUAAAAAAAAUAAGAAAUAAAUAUUGAAUACUUCAAUUGUGCGAUGUUAGGUUAUUUGAUUGUGUGUGGUUUUGCCAAACUUAUAAAUAAACUUUGAAAACAUCUAUUUAUCAGAACCUUUGUUGACAGUGGCGCCAACUGGUUAACCCCAAAAACGGUAGCCCUCAGAAGGUGUUGACAAAGAUUAACUUGAUCCUUAACCAAAAUAUGUAUAAAGUGAAAAAGGUAAUGAAUGAGUAAGGCACACUGAAUUUAUUCAGAUUAUACGCCGAACAUCUGCAGAACUCACAGCCGCAGACGUCAAUGUCCGGACUAAGAGGAACGUAUUGUAUUGUAGGUACCUCAUUUUCCCUUUCUUGCUUAUUCCUUGUACUUAUUUCAUUUUUUAAUUUUAUUAUUGUUUGUAGAAUUUCACGUAACGGUACUGAAGUACCUGGUUAAGUAUGUUGACUAAGUCACAAAUAAUUUAUUACCAAUGACAAUUUAUAAAUUCUUUUUAUACAUUUUACUUGUGUACCUAUGUAUAGUUAAGUGUAAAAACUUGAGAUAUAUAUUUUGAUGAAAUAGGUAUGAAACUUGUGUUUAUUGUAAUAUUAGGGAGUUGCCAGAAGUGUGAUUUGAUUGUGUUACUAACAUUUUGUAUUAUUAUUGCAAUGUCAUAGAUUUUAUUUUUGUUUACGUGAUUUAUGUUAUACUGCCUGCCAAUAGUUUAUUGUAUCGCCUUUAUUUAUUGUACAUUAAAGUUGUUUUUUUCUUGAAAAUUUAAACUGUACAGCUAUAGUUUUACAAAGCUUGGAAUCAAACGAUAUAUGUACUCGUAUAUCCAGAGACCAAUCUAGAAAUGAACGAACAUACAUAUAUAUCUUUGAAUUAUAUCGUAUGCAAUAAUUACUUCUGAAUUAUCUAUCAACCAUAAAUAACGGCUUGGUUCGGAAGUUUCCAAAGACUUCUAUAUUUUGACAAAUAAAUAUAAUCCCAUAAUUCACUGUGCCAUAAGUUCAAACCCUAAAGUUACCUUUAAAUUUUGUUACGAGUUUGGAUCAAAUCAGUCUUAAACACAAAUUAAUUAUCCAACAAAUUGUUUUUGAAUGCAUGAAUGCUUGCAGUGAUAAAAAUUGUUUUCAUACCGUUUGUUCACAAUCAAAAAACUUACAAUUAAGAUAUUAGUUGGUAUUACUAUGAUCAAGUUCCCUUCGUCCAGGCCACAGAGAUCACAAUUUAGUACCGGCGCGGGAAGAUCUGGUAAUAACAGUAAAAGGUUAUUUACGGUUAUUGCCUGACCUUAACUGAAGUCAACAGAUCCAAUACUCUUCGCAGAGAGAUUGCAAAUCAUAGAUUCUAAAUAAUAUUUGUCUUAUAUGUUAGUCCGAAUGCCAUGAUGCAAACAAAAUGAAUGCAAACUAUAUUAUGCUGAAAAUAGGGUAAAACUAAAUCAAGUGAUACAAAGUAAAUUCACGUUUAAUAAAAUAUCAUUGAUGUUCAUCACUAGCCUGUUGUCAAAAUGAUCUUUACGUUAAUUCAACAAAUAAUAAAACAUCGGGUAGCUUAACGGUUUGGAGAUAUGAGAAAUACAAAUUAAAUAAUCUUUAUAUUGAACACAUAAACACGCAUAAAAUAUAAUAAUUUAUUAGAUAAGUGCGUAAAAUUCUGUUUAAGAUUCCAUAGUUCUCGUUUGUGAUUUUGAGCUUCUGUAAAAUGCCACUAGACAUUACUAUUACCUACAUAUUUACGUUUAUGCAACUUUCACAUUUCAGAACAAAUUAAAUUUAGUCACAUGUA